CCAGCGAUCGAUUUCCGCAUUUCCUGUGUCCUCGAGAGCUUUAGGGAGUCUGGGCAGGUGAGUGACGGCACCGCACACCUGUCACUUAUUAGUCGAGUGGCUUCCAACCGAGCCUGGACUCGGAAGACAACAUGCUUUCCUUUGCUGGACUUACACGGAAAAUGAACUCCUUGGCGUUUUCAUUCCUCUUCUUCAUACUGGUGCCUCGUACCAUAUCGUUCGGACGCUGCGACGAUAUUUCCUUCUCGAUAUGUUGGAUGAGCAAGGACGAUGCUCUGGAGAGGCAAAAUGGAAACCUGUGGCUCAAUGACACCGCACUAAAAUCCAUCAGGAAGGUGGGUAAAGUCACCUCCCUUACAGUGGAUCCAGCUGUGGAAAACAAGCUAACCCUUAAGUAUGGAGGCUCUGUUCAGGCAUGGACUCUAACGAUUACUCCACGUACAAAAUUCACUAAAAUUAGAGGCCGGCAGAAGCCUCUGGAGCAUCCAACACAUGCCACUAAGGGCUUCCUGGACCUGUUGGGUCCAUCCGAGGUGUUUGCAUGUGAAAACGGCACAUUAUUUUUCCACCAGGAUGAAAACUUCUUUCUUGCUAUUGGCCACACUAUGCGUUUACCUAUCAAGCUGGAGUCCAGGAGUCCCUCUAUGUUGCUGGUCUCCUGGGUGGAGAACAGGCCAGCCAUCAGCAACAGCCACACUGUAACCCUGUACCGCACUGAGCUGGACUCCUAUAACACACUCAGCAUGGACUCUACCAUCCGCAGUCACUACCGCUUCACGGCUCUGGACUCCUGCAGCCCCUAUGUGGCCUGUGUGGAGAUUGCAGGCACUCGCUCCUUCACCUGCCUCUCAGCUCUUACUGACCCAGACAUUCCCAAGGACUUUGAGGUGGCGUCAUGGAACAGCAGCAGCAUAUCGUUGAUCUGGGACUGCCCUGAGAACCAAAAGUACUCUCUCUUCCUCCUGACCGCCUUCUAUCUCAAUGGGACGGACCACAUAACAGAGGAAGUGCCCCUCUGGCACAACGAGGACAGCCUUAUGUUCACCUUGCCUAACCUGUGGCCCUGCAGCAGGGUCAAGUUCGGCUUACAGACUGUUUGCCAGGCAGGGAUGGAGUCCCGCUACAGCAAGAUGGUCCUGAAUGACGGCAACUCUGUCCACUCCAGUAUCUGGGCCCUGCGUCAGACAUCGUUUGGCCCUGACAACUACACCCUGAGGUGGGAGGUGAGGAACACCUCGUCUAUCUCCAUGUUCAGAGUUUACAACGAUGGAGCGCUGCAGGGCACCACGCUCACGACCAGCUACACCGUUGGGGGGCUGCUGCCAUGCCAACAGUACCAAGCCAAGGUGGAGGCGCUGUGUGGAGAAAGUGUGCUCAUGAGUACCGAGACAGUCACAGCACACACAGGACCUCGUGGUGUGUCUGAGCUCAGGUACCGCGCUAACGACUCCACUGCCCUUUGGAUACCCGGUACCAUGCAACAGUCAGCUGUAGCCUUCCUAUAUGAGCUGUCCAUGGAGAAUGGCACCACCAUCCAUAGCAGCCGUGUGACAGACACACAGCUGCGUCUCCCGGGGCUGGAGGAAGGGAAGUCCUACAUCCUUGACGUAUGGGAGGAAUGUGAUGGACAAUGGGAGUCUGACCAUUCUCAUUUGUGUUUUGAGGGAGCUAACUCGUCUUCAGGGUUCCUUUUGAGGGCUGCUGGACCUUUCCAGGACCUAGAGCUGCAGUUAGAUUUUUCCAGCAUGGGUCUCACAAUGGUUGUGCCCUGGUCACUGCCUGAGGAUCCACAGGAUGAUGCAUCAGAACUAAGAACCAAAAUGGAGAAGAUUUUCAAAGAUAAGCUGCAGGAGCUGCUGGAAGAUUUCGAUCAGCCAGUCCGCGUCGAGCUGGCCACCUUUGAACCUGCAGAGGAGCCACACAAAACCGAGCUGCUUUUCAUGUCUUUUGAUGCUUCCAAACCUGACGAGGACCUGCCCCUACCUGUUGAGGAUCAGCUGGUUCACAUUCGCUCUCUGAAUGCAACCAACAUCACAGUUACAGAUGGCGUCAUUCACUGGGAUGGUGACGAUCUGUGUGCUUCCUUCAGACACACUUUGUGUCCCCGCAAUUCUCUGUGCAUCAACACUCUGGGCUCAUUUACUUGUGUGUGCCAACAUGGCUACUAUGAUGUGAGCCCUUUCAUCCAGCCUCCGGUGGCAUCACAGCCAGUCUGCAAUGAGAGAGGUCUUUUCAGCCAGUGUCUGGACAAACUGAUGGCUGGUGGAAUAGCAAAACCCUACCUGACUUCUUACAUUGGGGGGAAGGUUGAUGUGAAGCUGAAUGAUGGGCAGUGCACUGUGGAUGAGAGUGAGAUGUUCUAUUACUUCCGCACCUCACGAAAAUCAUCUGAAUGUGGAACAGAGAGUCAGGUAAACAAAACCCACGUCGAACUCCAGAACACUUUGAUUGUGACCUUGGCCAAAGAGCAAACCAUCAGCCGGCGGGACCUAAAAGUUGUCUGGAAGUGUGUCUACCCUCGGCAUUAUGUUCGCAACGCUCAAGUUAGCAUGGAUAUAGAGUGGCUCUCCUCCCUCUCCCUGGUGGAGUUCAACUCAUCACUGCAGCUGGUCCUGACCAUGACCCUGUACAGUGAUGAGUCAUACACCUACAGCUACAGGGAUGCCAUAGUCCUGAGACUUGAAGACACGCUGUUCUUCCAGGUGGCCCUGCAGACCAACAACUCUUUUGCCUCAGACGUGCUACUGCAGGUGGAGUCAUGCUGGGCCACUGAGAGCCCGGACCCACAGGAUACGGUCCAGGGUGUUCUUCUUCAGGAUGGCUGUCCCGUCGACCACACGUUCCACUGGCUCUCUGUUAACGGCCUGGCACAGAGAAGCAGAUUUUCCAUCCAGAUGUUCACCAUGCCCAAAGGGUUGCCCGUCUAUAUUCACUGCCUGGCCAACAUAUGUGGACAUGAUCAAGACUGUACAAAGAACUGCACCAGCCUGCAGCGCACCAAGAGGUCAGGGAGCCAGAUGGACAGAGAGGGGAAACGGGCGGCUGUCGUGUCUGCUGGACCUCUGGUGGUCGACACGAGAGCCAAGUCAGGAGUCCGGCCGUCUUACUGGGCAGAGCACGUGACCGUGAUCUCCAUUGUGGCCGGAUCAAUAGGCUUCUUGGGAGUAACCGUACUCUCAGUGAGUGCAACCAAAGCCAUCAUGACUUACUAUGAACAGCUACAGCUGCAAUAAAGUGCUUCAGACAUCA